UCCUGCAACGGCGCCGUCUUUCCCCAAAGGAGCGCCUUAAACCCAUGUCUUAGCUAGACGCCUUCACUCCUUCGGUAUCCUUCGUGGCGUAAGGACACGUUCAGAGUCCUGCGCAGGAUAACCAACAACUUUGCCGACGCUCAACUCUAUUCAGACUUUAACUCCGGGACUGACUCGACUUACCACUUAUCCUUAACACUUGUGUUUGUGCUUCUGAAGCGGCCUUCUUCGGGAGUGUGGCGCGAGACUUUUUCUUAAAACAUUUCUGGCUUCGACAUGGACUUUAACAUUUUGUGAUGAAUUUUAUUAUGGAUUAUGUUAUGUAGAUUUAAGACUAAGUAAAUGGAAUCAAACUUAUCAAUACCAACCCUCCCUUUGAAAUAAAAGGUAUUGACAUGGGCGACUAUUCUUAAAGUGGGGACGACUAUCUGGAGGGGGGCACAGAACGACCAAUAACGCUGGAACUUAUGAUGUCAUCGGAGGAGGAGACUGAAUUCGGUUUGUACACAGAUAAGCUCCUGAAGAAAACCAAAAGAACUAGACAGCGUGUAGACGCCGGUGAGCCGCGUAACUCCUACUCGUCGAUUCCGAAUUUCAGUUCGCGUCCGACUUUUCUCGGUGGCGGUAACAAUCUGUACGGCGCAAUUUUCACCCAACAGCAGCAGUUCGGUCUGUUCGGACCGGGGUUUGCACCCGCAAAGAUGCUCAACGAGCUGCUGGGACGGCAGAAGGCCGAGAGCGGCGAAAGUGGCGAAGAGGGCAAGUUCGACUCGGUGAUCCGGUGCGACGGCAGCCCGCCCUCGGGUGAACAACUGGCCCAUCACAUGCUCCGGGACAUCCUGCAGGGCCGAAAGCACGAGCUUUUGGCCUUGGAACACGACAUGCGCAACGGCCAGGACCACAUCAUAAACAACAACAACAACGAACCCAAGGCGGAACCAGAACGCAACGACGUCGAAGCCGCUGCCGCGAUGAAAGAGUGCCUCGCCGAGGCGGGAGUCGGCGACCGACAGCAGGCCGAACUCAUGGAAGAGGCCCUCAAUGGCAUGGAGACCGAGUCGCUGCCCUCGCCCAAGGUAGAACCCUCGAGUCCGGCCAAACCAGAAGAUGCUAAGAAAGCUCGAGUCGAAAAUAUUGUCUCAGGUAUGCGGUCAAGUCCGGCGCCUCCACAAGUUAACGGCUGCAAAAAACGAAAGCUCUACCAACCCCAACAACAUGACAGUAACGCUGAACGGUAUAUUGAUGACGAAGAAGAUGAAAGUGCGGAACCAAUCAGACAAAAACGCGUCGAAAAAAAUCUACUCAAAUCACAGCUAAGAACGAUGCAAGAACAGUUGGCAGAAAUGCAGCAAAAAUACAUGCAAUUGUGUACGCGCGUUGAACAAGGGUCUGAAGAAAGUCAAGAAAUUGAAGAAAUACCCAGUGAUAGUGAAAACAGUAAACGAUCAGCGCCUCCUUCGCCCAUAACCACAAGUAAUACCCCUAAUCAAUCGACGCCAAGCUUAGCACAACAGGUGAGCAAACUUAAAAUAAGCCCUCAAGGACCUCCUUUCCAUAAUGGCAUGUUACAUCAUGAUCACCAGCACAUGAGCAGUGCCGCCGCCAUGUACUUGGGCGUGAGCCACAAAUUCCUAAUGGAGCAGGAAGCCCGUUUGGCUAAAGAAGCAGCGGUAGCAGCAAUGAACAGCGAAUCAUCAAUCCAACAAUCCCAACAUCAGUCUCAUCAUCCAUCGCAAAAACCCGAAAAUAUAGCAGACAGACUACAUAUUAUGAGAAACAUGACACCGACCGGUACGGACUUGGAAGGCCUCGCCGACGCUCUUAAAUCCGAAAUCACAUCAUCUCUUUCAAAUUUGAUUGACUCGAUACUAUCAAGGUUCGUUCAUCAACGGAGAUGUAAACAGACGGAGGCGGCGACUGCCGCCGAACAACUCAACAAAGACUUGAUGAUGGCCUCGCAAUUACUUGACAGGAAAUCGCCGCGGACCAAAGUAGUAGAACGGCCACAAGCGCCGCCGCCGCCACCCAACAGCCAGAUGGUGAACGGCACGAGCGGUUGCCCUCAGAUGAUGCCCGUUCAUAUGAACAACAUGCAGAAACCCAACGACCUCCAAAUAAGGCCUCCGAUGUUCCAGCCCCCGAAACCCCCGGCAAUAAGCCAAGCUCCUCUUUUUGGAAUGUCACAUCCAUUUUGUGUUUCCAAGCAAGAAAACCCCGAGCAGAACGAAGCACUCAGCCUCGUAGUAACUCCUAAGAAAAAGAGGCACAAGGUGACGGACACGAGGAUCACGCCCAGAACGGUCAGUCGCAUCCUCGGCCAGGACGGCAUCGGCAUGUCUCCCGCCGCCAUGGAGCCCAACACGUGCAGUUCUCCACGACCGCCCCCAUAUCACCAGCCGCCGCCGAUGUUGCCCGUCUCCCUUCCGACCUCGGUGGCGAUUCCCAACCCCGGAUUGCACGAAUCUCAGGUCUUCUCGCCCUAUAGCCCCUUCUUUCAUGGACCAAGUCACGGACACCACAUGGCGAUGCAGGCAUCGUCAUCACCACCUCGCAUGCACAAAAUCGAGCGAGAAUCGCCUCCAAUUCACCACCCCCCGACGCUUUUGCACCCCGCUCUCCUGGCUGCGGCCCAACAUGGGGGCUCUCCCGACUACGGACAGCUAAGGGCGCCGUCCGGGGGCAUGAACAUGGACAACGGCGAUAGAAAUUCAGAUUGUAACUCAGGGGACAUCACCUAUGAUGGAAUGCAGCCUACUAUAUCCUUUUUAUGCAAAGAUUUUAGUAAAAAUCUUAGUAACCACCAUACAAAUAUUUCCUUAACUCCUGAGCACUCGUCAACACUGACACCGAUGCAUCUCAGGAAAGCCAAAUUAAUGUUCUUCUGGGUUCGGUAUCCGAGCUCAGCAGUACUAAAAAUGUAUUUCCCCGAUAUCAAGUUCAACAAGAACAACACUGCCCAGCUGGUCAAAUGGUUCUCCAACUUCCGGGAGUUCUAUUACAUCCAGAUGGAGAAGUAUGCCAGACAAGCAGUUUCCGAAGGUGUGAAAAACGCUGAAGAUCUGCAUGUCGGUGGUGAUUCCGAAUUAUACCGGGUGCUCAAUUUGCACUACAACAGAAACAAUCACAUCGAGGUAUGGGGACCUCAGGUUCCUUCUAACUUCCGGUUCGUCGUUGAGCAGACGCUUCGGGAGUUUUUCAAGGCCAUCCAGGAGGGCCGGGAUGCGGAGCAGUCGUGGAAAAAGUCCAUCUACAAGAUCAUCUCGCGGUUGGACGAUCCGGUCCCGGAAUACUUCAAAUCCCCGAAUUUCUUGGAGCAAUUGGAGUGACCGGUUGGCCGAACCGAAAAGCCGGUAUCCAGCGGUAGCCAGUGGUUACCGUGCGGUACCAUCCGUUAGACACGGCAAAAACACCAGAGAGAAUCGGUGACACGUGACAAAACUGUCAACAGUUUAUAUGUUGUUUUGCCGGGAAUGAGCUUGGAGGACGCCGCUAUGACGCCAUCUUCGAAACUUGUUCCGGACACUCUUGUUAAAUAGUUGUGUUUAGUUGACAGAAAGACAAUUUUAUCGCCUCAGGCUUUAUGUUCGUUCAAACGAACAGUGAACACAAAUCAAUCAAUUUUCCAGUGAUUACCUGAAUAUUUACCGGAUAGAAUUUUAUGACGUCAAGUCUUUCGUUUCUUUUCAACCAGCAGUCAUCAAGUUCAAAAUCUGCACUCUCAUUGCGUUACUUCUGGCAUUAUUAUGUUCGGUGCCACUGUAAACUGCCCCCUUUUUCCUCCUUGUAUAUAAAGCGACUUGUACAUAGUAUUUAUCACUUAAUUUUAUUUAUACCUUGUAUUAUUAUUAUUAUCUCAACCAAAGUUUUUAUUUUACUAGUCCCACAUAAAAUUAUUCCCUUUUGAAUAAUUUUACGUAAACUGUCAGUACCAAACUUUGAACACAACAAUACAACAUUUCAAAGUUUCGCACUGAAAAAAAGAUUUAUUGCAGCAAUUAUUCUUCCACUUUGUAUCAAAUACAACUCGGAAGUCUAAUUCCUGUGAUUUAUUCGGUAUUAAGUAGGUAUGCCUUGUUUUGUAUUUAUUAUUUUGUACCCCGACAACUCCUUAAUCUGUUUAUUUUAUUUAGUUUUAGACUAGUUGCUAUUUUUCUUUCUUUAUUUUUGUUAGCAUACCUACCUAAUUACCAAUUUUAUUUUAUAUUUUAGUUUAUUUUAAUCACUUGCACAAUCAAAUAGUGUAGGUUCUACACGAUGGCAAAUACAGUGUGAGGCAACUAGUCAGUAAAAAUAAAAUGUAUUAACUUUAUUUUGUUUUAUUUUUGUUUAUUUAUUUUUGGUUUGAAGACAGUUUACAGUGUGAUGAUUCGAGUACAAUAAUUUUGAGCCAUAAAUCGUAAAUUGUACAUAAAUUUGGAGCUCAUGGUUUCCUUCACAUCCCGCAAUAGUUGAGGUCACAUACACAAUCGAAGGUCCCGAGAGCCCUUAACUUAGCCUUUAUGGUGAGGCUAGGAGGUCGUGAUUUCGCUGUUCCUAAAAUCCUAUAUUCGAUAUACUGCCGAAAUUGUAAGACUGCCAUUCACUUAAGAUUGAUUUAGCAGUUUUGUUGUCGUUACGGGUUUAUUUGCGUUUCAAAAUUAAUCGUUUGGAUGUUUGUGAAGUUGUGUUGAUUUUUUGGUUUGUUCUCGGGACCUAUAUCGGUACAUUACAUAAGAAAAAUAAAAAACAAAAUUUAAAAAUUAGAUUAAUCUAAAUAGUUAUUUAUUAAGAUUUAAAGUAUAUAACGUUGUCGACUGUAAAGUACCCGUAAAUGCUGAUGGUUUUCAAACAAGCAAACGCUCGGCUCUUCAAAUCCAAAUAAUGGUUAUUAUUAAACAUAUAAAAUGGUUGUAAAUAAGCUUCUCUCCAAUUCAAUAAAUGUUUGUCUGGUAGUUGAUGCACAUAUUCGGUGUUAAUUUUUAAAUAUAUUAAGAAAUAGCGAGCCGAGUAUUCUCCAAGUACAAAAGUUUGUAAACCGUUGGCGUGUGACAAAGGGAUAAUGAAGAGACCUAAGUGCUUUAAUUUAAAUUGUUGUUUAGAACAAAUCCUGCAGAUUUUUACUUGGCGGCGGGCUGGUGGUAAUGAUGGGCAAGAAGGAAUGAUAGGAUUACACGGUGUUUUGUCUUGGUGGUAGCUGAUGGGUUCUCUUCUUGUUUAUGAUUCCGCCAUCAGUCCGUAUACUUGACAAUGAAGACCUCAAAAAGUUACUGUUGGUUUUAACAAUUCACCCAACUUUAACUUUGAUAUAAAAAUCACAGCAUUUACCACUGAUGAUGAUUAUAAUUGUAAUAACACAAAAAAUAUGAUAAUAAUUGAGCUAGUCGGCUCACUUCAAUUCGCGAGAAGCCCAGGGCUGUCCGAAUUGUUGAAGACAAAUCCAACAGAUGAAUUCAGAAAAGGCCUGAAUAAGGUCCCGGAGGAAUUACAUUGCUUUCUGGAUGAGACUGUCUAAGUAAUUUUUGAGGUCGCUCCAAGAGCCCCAUUGGGGGUGGUAGUGUAGUAUCCCUUCCUUAGGUAGGACCCCAACAUGAUUCCGAUUCGGUUUUCAAUUCUGAGUAUUGCAACUUUUGGCCAUUUCGAGGAUCUUUUGUGUUGAAUUUUAAGUUUGCAUCGUUUGGUUCCAUAUGCACACACAUUCGGAUGACAUCUUGGCACGGGGGGUCAUCUCCGCGGAGGCCACGGUAUGCGUGUGGAGGUCGUUUUUCUUCUGAUUUGGUUACAGGAGGAUUCUGCUUUACAGGUUCAAAAACACUGUUCGGAAAAAACGUUUAGGUCACCGGUUCAAAAAUGAUACAUAAAAAUAUCACGAAAAAAGUACAAGCUUAUUUUUAAGCACCUCUGCGCCUUAAAAUUAAAUUUCGAAGCAAAAAUGAUAUGAGUGUGUAUAACCAAAAUCUGCCUUAUUCUAUUUUCUUAUGACGAAAAUCUCCUACCGUUAUAGCGCUAUUAAUUUGCUAGUGUGUAUCGUUCUUCAUCACCUGACACUGACGAUUUUUAACCGUUUCCAUAAAAUUAAUUAUCAACUAAUCUAGUCCAAUAUGUAAUACAUAGAAUUUUGUGUGGGUUGUAGUAUACAUGUACAAUUGUUGGUAAACCGCCGGGUGUCUCCGUUAACUUCGCCUCAGUUCCCGCUUUCUUUGCGAGCUCUGUUGCGUUACCGUUAUCGUUGCGUUACAGCGUAGUCACUAGUCGUCGACGUCUUGAUUUACCGUGUCCGGUCGCGUCGCGACUCCCAACCUUCGCCCCUGCGCCCAAUUAACCGUAGUAUUCGGGGGACGAAGGCGUCGCGACGCACGACAUCCCUUAACAACAGCACCUCCAACACACUCAUUUGGUUUUGUAGCAAACGUUGGGUUGCGGCAGAGCCGGUCCUCGGGAGCGUUCUCAAUCUGAAAUAGUCAUAAAAAAGCCACACUGAAACUGAAACAAUAGCAAAUGAAGGCAACCAACCAAAAAAUACAGUUUAUCGAAAUUUUCUAAACCGGAUACUUACUCAUUCAAAAAUUCCACUGGGCCAAUUCGUCCGUUCAAAAAGUGCCUUCAAAGUUGUUUUUACGAAAAAAUUACAAAAUAAGGGCCCUAAAUAGACACAACGCCCAACCAAAACUCUCCCGGAGACUUGCCCUGCCGACUGUACUUUUACUCGGUUUCCAUCAGAGACACUCGGUUACAUAAACAUAAGAUUAUUUCAUAAAUAUUAUAUUGUUAUGCUAAGGUGGCCGAAACGAGGUACUCUCUCGCCCAGGCUAUACUAUUUGUGGUAUAUAGUAACUUUGAUGAUUAGAAGUAGAUAAUAAACAUACAGAUUCAAUGGUUUCAGUUACCCAUGUUACACAGAUUACGUUAGCUGUUAUUGUUAUUUGUUAAGGCAAGCGCAGCUGUAACGCCUCCUUCGACCACCGGAUUUUUGGAAACUGCCACACUCUGUACAUACACACAGUGCGAGACAGCAUUCCGUUUAGGCAUACACCACCCUUCCAGUCGAGGCAAUUCACGCUAAAUUCGAAAUUGUGAUACCGCAAGUAGCCACAAUGCAAAGGUUUCCACUUUACACGUGCAAUACGAAGGAAUGCCGCUGUGGUUGCGCUCGCCAUCCCUAUUAAGUUUAAUUUCACGUCACCAGAUGACUCUUUGGUCUUCCUUGUUAAUACUCGACAACGACUCUAUGUGACAAUCGUCAUGUUCAAGCCACUGAUAUGUCAAAUUUUGGCAACUAAAUUUCUGGAAAUGCGACUGUCCAAGUCGCAUAGAUACUUUAAAUCGAAUUUACCACUCAUUUGGCUAUUAUUCACAAAUAAUUUUAGGUUUAAAUUUAUAGCCCGACUCGAAUUCUCGUUGCCCAACUCGGUUUGGGUCUGGUCAGUCGGGCGUAAUCUCGGAUUGAAAAAGUGGCGGGUUGUCGAGAUGGGUCACAGUCACUGGUGUUAAGCGCCACGAGGCUCCGAACUACAGUAUAAUUAUAAGGUUAGGCAUUGCGUCGAUAGAGAAUCGAAUAAGAUUGUAUAUUUAGUACAAAAAUGUGAAAAAAAUCGAGAUAGCUCAAAAUUUAAUUUCCCGCUCCCAUCUCUGAUCCGAUCCGAUGGUUUAUAUGUGUAAAAAUUUAAGAGUAUUUUUAUAUUUAUAUUGGUGUAAAUCAAAAUUUGGUAUUGACAAAAUUAUUGUAGAGAUUUUAGGUUGAUAAAAUUUAAUAAAAUUAAGAUUUAGGAAUUUUUAAAUGAAUUUGUAUAUAAAAAUUUAUAUAUAAUAUAUAGAGGGAUGCUUCAGAGAUGGGUGCUAUGUCGGUAUAUGCGUUUGCAUGGGGACGUGGCGACGUAUACUAUACUAUAUACGUACAAAGUACUCAUAGUGUGCGAUGAUAGCACUUUCCUACGUUGCUUUUGUUUAUUUAGCGUGUGCCGUAUCCAUGUUACAUUAGACAAUUUUACUAUUUGGUGUACAGCAAUUGUUUCGACCCCCAGAAGGGCCAUGGCCCCAUGGGACAGUCGAGAUGUUGUGACUGUGUUUUCAUUGAGCAGUAUAAUAAAUAUAUACAUUUAUUUGGAAA